GUGCAAGGGUUCGGCUGUGCCCUCCGACAGCCAGGCCCGCGAGAAGCUGACUUGGGAUGCCCCACCCCUCCACAAAGAUGACUGUCCCCUCUGCCCAGCCUCUGGGUCAUUUUGGAGAAGAGGCUCUUCUGGCCGCAAGGUGGUUGGCGCUGUAUGUCUAUGAGUACCUGCUGCACAUCGGUGCCCAGAAGUCAGCCCAGACCUUCCUGUCUGAGAUCCGAUGGGAGAAGAACAUCACGCUGGGGGAGCCCCCCGGGUUCCUGCACUCCUGGUGGUGCGUCUUCUGGGACCUGUACUGCGCAGCGCCUGACCGAAGAGAGGCCUGCGAGCACUCCGGCGAGGCCAAGGCCUUCCAGGACUAUAGCGCUGCAGCCGCCCCCAGCCCUGUGAUGGGGAGUAUGGCCCCAGGUGACGCAAUGGCCGCAGGCCCCACGGCAGCUGGCUUCUUCCAGGGCCCCCCCGGCUCCCAGCCAUCCCCCCACAACCCCAACGCCCCCGUGAUGGGGCCUUACGGUCAGCCCUUCAUGUCACUGCGCUUCCUAGGGGGCCCCCGGCCCACCCUGCGGAUGCUGAGUCAGCCUCCCGCAGGCCUCCCCGGCUCCCAGCCCCUCCUCCCUGGCACCAUGGAGCCCUCCCCACGAGCCCAGGGGCAUCCGAGCAUGGGCGGCCCAAUGCAGAGGGUGACGCCUCCUCGCGGCAUUGCCAGCGUGGGGCCCCAGAGCUAUGGAGGUGGCAUGCGACCCCCACCCAACUCCCUUGCAGGCCCAGGCCUGCCUGCCAUGAACAUGGGCCCAGGAGUUCGUGGCCCGUGGGCCAGCCCCAGUGAAAACUCGAUCCCCUACUCCUCCUCAUCCCCUGGCAGCUACACGGGACCCCCAGGAGGAGGUGGGCCCCCUGGAACACCUAUCAUGCCUAGCCCUGGAGAUUCUACCAACUCCAGUGAAAACAUGUACACUAUCAUGAACCCCAUCGGGCCGGGUGCCGGCAGGGCUAAUUUCCCGCUCGGCACUGGCCCGGAGGGCCCCAUGGCCGCCAUGAGCGCGAUGGAGCCUCACCACGUAAGCGGAUCCCUGGGCUCGGGUGACAUGGACGGGUUGCGGAAGAGCUCCCCCGGUGCCGUGGCCGGCCUGAGCAACGCCCCGGGCACCCCGCGGGACGACGGCGAGAUGGCGGCCACCGGGACCUUCCUGCACCUGUUCCCGAGCGAAAGCGUAAGCGACUGCUUCGACUCCCCCCCGCCUGGGGCGGCGUCGGGCCGGAGGGGCCUGGCGGGCAGGCCCCGGCGGGGCGGCCGGGGGGCCAGAGCAAGACCGUGACCGCGGCGGGCCAGUACUCGCCAGGCAUGACCAUGAGUGUGUGAUGGGGCGGCAGC